AUGCGGCUUACUGUUGUCCUGGCCCUGCUCGGCCUAUCGAACUAUGGUUCUGCAAAGGACCAUAUAAAUUAUUCGAAUUGCACUCUCGAUACUACUGUGCCGCUUGACUACCAGAAUCCCGAGCUCGGGGAAGCUGUGAUUCCACUGGUCAAAUACCCCGCAGAGGCUCAAUCAAGCUCUGGAGCAUACCAAGGCAUGAUACUUCUCAAUCCUGGUGGCCCAGGACACUCCGGAGUCGAGAUGGUCCUCAGCUACGGGUCCACUCUCCAAGCGGCUAUUGGAAAUAAUUUCGAUUAUGUCGGCUUCGACCCUCGAGGAAUCCACAACAGUCAGCCUGUCGCCAAUUGCACCUCCACACCCUCUUCGCCAGGCAACAAUUAUAAAGCACGAACUAUCCCUCGCGUGUCAGACGAGUAUUACCAGUCGUGGAUCGACUAUGGAAUCGAUCUUGGUAGAAACUGUCAGCAUGAAGUUGGGGGGCCUCUCGGUGCGGGAACUCACAUGUCCACGGCCACGACUGCUCGAGACAUGCUCAGCAUUGUUGACGCAUUUGCCAUGACCCACGAAGGUAAGAUCGCCGCCAAGCCUGCCAACUUGCUCAACUACUAUGGGGUCAGUUACGGCACGUUUCUUGGACAGACGGUCGCUUCCAUGUUCCCGGAUCGGGUAGGCCAUGUUGUUCUUGACGGCGUCGUAUCGCCGGAAGGCUAUGUUGCCAACUACACCUGGAGCAGCGUUACCCAUCUCGAUGGCGUCAUCUCUACCUUCUUCAUCCACUGCUCACAGGUGGGACCCGGAGACUGCUCAUUUCAUACGGGGUCCACGCCAAAGGAUAUCCAACGUCGCUUUGAUAACACAAUGGCUCAGCUUGAAGCUCGGGGCGCGGCAGAGAAUAAUUGGUCAAAUGCUACUGAGAUCGAUUCCGCCUUACUCCUACUAAAAAUCGGCCUUUUGUCUUUGGCAAAUUAUCCCGCCGAUAAUUUCAAAGUCCUUCCUGAUGUGCUAGUUAGUCUUGAAACGGCCCUCGCAAAUAAGAACCUCGGUGCGUGGAUAGACAGCGCUCAUCAACUAUACGGAGAUCCAGGCGUUGACGGGAGCGAGAACUACCAAUACAUUUCCGGCGUACUCUGUUCCGAUAUGCAGAACAGGUGGUUCGGCAAAACUCUCGAGGACCUACGACCGCUACUGCAAUAUCUCGAGGCGCAAAGCAUUGUAGGAGACAUCUGGAUACAGUCCAUGCUUGGGUGCUUGGGAUGGUCCAUCCAGGCCACAGAGACCUUUCAGGGGCCAUUCGGCGGCGAUACGGCCAACCCUAUUCUCUUCGUUGGCAAUACCUUCGAUCCAGUGACACCAUAUGAGAACGCACUGGCCGGAUCGAGCAAGUUCAAAAAUGCUCAGGCACUGAUAGUAGACGGCUUAGGUCAUGGCACCAGCGCUACUCAGAACUUGUGCGCCCUCUCCAAGAUCGCUGCGUACUUCCAGACGGGUCUACCACCCACGAAUGAUGAUGCUCACUGUCCGUUUGAGCAAGCUGGACUUGGCCUUACGCUGAAUGGGACAUUGGAGGAAACUAUUAGAUUCUACGGCUUGCUAUAA